GUCCGGCUCCUGGAGGCCGGAGUCCCUAGAGCGGCCUCGGGAGGGCGCGGAGGCUCGGACUCAUCCCGCCCAGGCCGGAGUGGAGGUUGUCAUGGAGACGGCGGGGCGGGCCUCGCUCGCCAGCUCUGGGCGCGGACUAGUGACGCACGAGGCAGGCGCCGGCAGCCGCGCGGGGCAGUUGGCGCCCAGAUGGAGUGGGAGCAGUUGGUUCGGAAGGUGGUGGUGCUGCAGGCCUGCGUCCGGGGUUUCCUGGUCCGACGCCAGUUCCAGAGUCUCCGAGCGGAGUAUGAGGCUAUUGUACGAGAGAUCGAGGGUGACCUGGGCACCCUGCAGUGGACUGAAGGCUGGAUUCCCAGGCCCCAGUUCCUCCCACAGAAGGCAAAAUCCCAUCGGAACUGGAAAGCUGGAGAGAGGGUACCAAAGUCAGAGCAGGAACUAUGGAGUUGCUUCCCGUGUAAGGAGCCUGAGAGAGAGAUGAUGCUGAAGAAGUCCGGAGAGAGCUCAGCAAAUUCAGAAAGUCUUCACUGCAGAGAUGACAGCUCCUGGCUUUGGGAUCAGCAAAGCAGGAAAACCAGGAAACCCAGCCAAGAGGAGACUGAGGCUAUGCCAAGGAUGGAGAACCCAGAAGCUGCAGGUCCAGGACUGCCCCACAGUCCAACAGAGCUCCAGGAGCUCCAGUACCAGCGCAGCCACUUGGCCAUGGAGCUGCUGUGGAUACAGCAGGCCAUCAAUAGCCGUAAGGAGUACCUAAUUCUCAAACAAACACUGGGAUCCCCAGAGGCAAGGUUAGACCCCGGGGGACAGACCUGUGAAAGAGCUGGGUCACAACCAGGCCCCCCACUGGAAGACCAGUACUACAGAGACAGGACACCUGGAGAGCAAGACCAUGCAGAUGACUCUUGCUGGAGGCUCAGAUCACAACCUCACAAAUCCCCAGAAAGACUGGCCACUACAGAUGAAACCACUGCUGGGGCCAAGUACAGGGACCCAAACCGCAGGCGGGCUGGACCACAGCUACCCACACCAUCAGAUAAGCAGGCCAUAGAGAACAGGCUCACCAAAGAGCCACAUCCUGGGGAACAGACCUUUGGAGGGACCUGCCUACAGCUGACAAAACCAGAGGACCAGACACUCACAGGCCUCAAACCUAAGGGCCCCUGUUCUGGAAAGGCCAGAACACAGCUGCCCAGACUCUGUGUGGACCCAAAUAUUGAAGAUAAGUCUCCCGGAAAGUCAGACCACAAAGAGCCUAAUUGCCAAAGAGCUAGGCCACGAGAGUCGGGCCUCUCAGAGGACCGUGUCAUCUGGGGUGGGACUUGGGCAGGACAUGGUACCCUGGAUCUCUGGAAGACCAAACCGCCCACCCAGACCCCCAGUAAUAAAAGCUCCAGAGGUAGAGCUUCCGAUGAGCCUAGCCCUGAAGGAUGGAAAAACCAGAGGAAUGGACCAUGGAGAUCAAGGCCACUUGAGAAACUGUCUUCUACAGGGUAGAUAGCAUAGGAGAGAACCAUGGAGGGACAGGCUGUGGGAAACAAGGGCAAGGAGACGGGUCCCGGUACCAGUUCUACCUCCCGCCCCUGGCUCUUGGUGGCCAGUGGGGCCAAGAGAAGCUGGAGCAAAGAGUUGGCACCAGUACAGGGAGAGGAGGGAGAAGGACACACUUUCAUCCUUUACCUGGGCUCAAUCCAAAUUUCAGGACAGGGGAGUUACCUGGGUAAGUAAAAGGGGAGACCUGAUGGAAAAUAAAGGUUUUCCUUCGAUUCUGA